CCAAUAAUUGCUCACUCAUUUAAGUGACACCCAGAAUUAGGGUCAUGAGGCUUUACUUCACAUACCCUUGCAUGAGAGUUUAAGAUUUCAGGACCCAAAACAAGGAUUGAGUGGGGUCAUGAGGAGAGGAUUCUUCACAUUCUUUCCUGCAUGACUCCCCUCCACACCAUUAAUCAAAGAUGUCUGACGGACAGGAUUCAGGAAAAGGAAAACUGAGUACUCUUUCUGAUGUGACAAGAUUUAACUAUGCCUUGAAGCAGUUCCAGAUCCUGAUUGGAAAAACAGUUGCCCAGAAGAGGGAGGAAAGAAUAGGGAUGUAUGUUAAAGAUCAGGAUGAAAUAGAUUAUGAUAAAUUCUGUGAGAUAGUACAAACCCUCUUUGGUCCAGAAGUGAAGGAUCAAGAUGUUAAGACAUUUUUCAGGAAGAUUAGCAAUAACCCUGAUGGAAGGAUAGAAUGGUGUGAGAUCUUUGGCUAUUUUAUAGUAGAAGGAGAUGCCCUUGCUUCCCAGCUAGAUGAAGAAAAUAUGGUUUUCCUGGUGUCCCGAAGACAGCGGAUUACAAAAGCAGGUGUCAAGAGACGAGAUGUGAUUAAGUGCAUAGCAAAGGUGCCACAGCUGGAUUUCAUGGUAACAGCAUCUCAGAAAGGAAUGUUAACAAUUUUUAACAGCCAGAUGAGGAUGCUGACAAGCACAAACAUUCCAGAUAGUUCCUGGAUUAGUGGAUGUGAUUAUCUUACUCAGCUCAAACGUGUUGUUGCUGUAACUGAAAGGACUAUUAUCGUCUGGGAUUAUAAAUCACAAGGCAGCUCCCAGGAUAACUGCUUUAUCAUCAAACCAAUGGAACAUUGUCUGCUCUGUGUUUGUACGGUGAAUUUAGGCGAUCAACAGGCUAAGGAUGACCUACUAAUGGGAGACGAUGGGGGUCAUGUCAGCCUUUUUACAGUGACCAGUGAUGACUUUGGAUUAAAGCAAUCCAAAGAAAAAAAGAGUUCACAUUUGCAGAUCCUGGAUUCCAGAAAAUUCAAAAACAUUAAACGAAAACUCCAUGAUGACUGGGUUGUCAAGGUUAAAUUCAUCUCGGCCUUGAAUUGUUUUGGCUCCUGCUCCUUAGACAGUGUUCACUCGUUCGUUUUGGAUGACUUACAGAGACUAGAGGACAACGUACCUGUCAGGGAGUUUUCUGUCCCAAGAGGAGUUAAUGCCUUCACAUACUGUGGGAAAGCAAAUAUCAUUGUUACUGGGGGUGAUGAUAAAAUUCUCCGUUUAUGGCAUCCCAAUAUAAACACCAAGCCAGUGGGGAAGCUGUUGGGACACUUAUUUAGUGUCAUGGAGAUUGUCACAAAUGAAAAAGAUCAGCACAUUAUUAGCCUUUCCACUGAAAAGAUUUUUAGAGUGUGGGAUAUACAGACCCUUUCACUGCUGCAGAUCUUCCACGAUAGUCAGGGGAAACCUGGAGAAACACAGAUCUAUGCCAUGAUAUUUGACAAUAACCAUGGCACACUUAUUACAGGGUCAUCUGUCAUUGACAUUUAUCCUCUAACCCGGAUGAUACAAGACACCAAACAGGUUCCACAAACGCAUGAAAGAAACAUCAAUGUACUGACUUACAACAGGGCUUUUCAUCAAGUUCUCACUAUCUGUGCUGAAUCUAUUGUGAAGGUCUGGGAGCUAGAAUCUGGUCAACAAAUAUACCAGAUUGAAGAUGCCCAUGGGCCUAAUAUUGAAGUGACCUGUGCAGCAAUUGAUAAAAAUGGGUUUCACCUUGCUACAGGGGCAUAUGAUGGAACGUUGAAAAUAUGGGAUUUUGGAAGUGGGCAGGAAAUUAAAGAUCUGCCCAUUGCAAAUGACAGCAAAGAUGAUGAACAGUGGCUGCUGCAGCUAGUUUAUCUGAGGGCUAGCGAGAGUCGGCAUGUGAUCCUGGCUUUGGAGCACAGCGGGAAGAUCAAAAUCAUUCAGGGUAAUGAAGGUGAACCUCAUCUGACUGUUACAUGGGAGCUCCCUGAGGCUGCAUCACUUAUUCUGCAAGGGAAUACGGUCAUGUCUCUAUGUCUGAAACCCAAUGCCAACAAAACAAAUGGAUUUUUUCCAGAUGUUCAGCUAUUGCCUGACACAGAUGCUAAGACAAAUAACAAAAUGCAGGAUCUCCCAACAGGCACUGAAAUGAAGUGCUUUGAUGUGUUAAAAAUCGAAGGUUACAGCUUGAUAGCUACUGGAAAUGCACAGGGUGCAAUAAUUUUAUGGGAUUUUGAAUCUGCUACUGUCAGAUACUUGCAUAAAACUUAUCAGGCUGGUCAAAGUGCUCAAGUGCUUGGAGUCAAUGCUGUGCUAUUCCUAUUCCGGAGUUCUACCUCCCCCAGGAAACUUAGUCCCUCCUCCUCUUCCCCUUCAUCCAUUGUAAGUGAUAUGACUUUCAUACAGGGUACAGAAGGCAGUCACAUGAGCCUAAACAAGGAAGAUGUAAACACUGUUGAAGACUCCCCAACAGUAGCAGGGGAAGAGACCACCACUGAGAAGGACAUGCAGUUCUCUGACACCAAAAAAUCAUCCUCUGGCUUUUCCAAAGCCAUUGCUGGACACAAAUGCUCACCGAUACUGGCCUCUGCUCAUGAAAAUGGCUGUGUCUAUCUAUGGACUCUUGGGGGAGAUUUACUGAGAGAAGUUUUACCCUUCACAAAGCAUCCUGCAAUUCCUCUGAUUACUUUGUGCACUGAUAUCUCUGCUAAAAUGCUUUUGGCUGCCACCAAGGAGGGGCAUAUUAUGCGCUGGAAUACUGGCUCAUUCCUGGAAGAUCCUCAAGAUGAAAAUAAGCAAAUAAAGCAGCAGCUCUACUGGCGAGCUCACUCCACCAAAGUGGUCAGCCUAUUCUAUGAGGAGGAGAAAAACCUGGUGGUGACAGCCUCCACGGAUGGUUCUGUCAGGCUCUGGCAUGCACCAAGUGGACAUUAUGUUGGUUACUUUGGACAGCGGAGGGUGUUUGAAUUAUCAGAAUCCAGUGAUAUGAUUUUGCCUUGUGAUGUUAAUGAAUUUCCCACUGUAAUCAAGGAGGACAGCAAGUACAUGGAAAAGAAGCAGAAGUUUGAAUAUCCUCUAGUACUGGACAGGGAAAAAUGGAAAUCAUUAACCAGAUCAUCCUUACUUUCAAAAAAGCCUAGACCCUUCGAAGUGGAUCAAGAUUUCAAGUUUUUUAAAGCCCUAGCUUCUCCUAAGGUUAAUAGAGAACCUUUGGAAAGUUUCAAGUCAGGAAACAAAGAGACUGGUGUUGUGUUUGGAUCUAUACCUAUAUAUAGGGUUCUCAGUCUAACAAGUCUGAAAAAAAAGAAACAAGACACAGCUGACACUAUCUUCAAAAGGAAUAAGAGUCAAGCACUUGGUGAGCAAUCUCGUCUAUACAAGAGAAGAAGUGCCAAAACUAGCCCUGAUGAAAAUAUAGUUCAGACUUCCACCGCCUCUGUUUCUUUCGUGGGUGUAAAACCCUAGAAACUGCCCCUGCUGUUAUAAAAAAUAAACCCCUGAUAUCACUGCAAAUCGUAUGUUGUCAAAUAAAUCAUUACUGGAAAGCGGACAAAGACAGCCUUUGUGUCCAAUGUC